GUCGGUUUUACCGGUCCACAGGAGAUUAGAACAACAAGUUGGUAAUGUAAUAGCGUAUUAACCAUUUUAAUUGCUGGGCGGCACGUACAUUCUAUUUAUGUAUCAUUUCAGACUCCAGAACGAAGUAUUUCCUAGAACCACAAACACCGGGCUGUAGGCUACUGCCCUGAAAAGCAGCGCCAGGUUGACAUCACCGAUAGCCUGCUCUGUCCAAGCAGUGUAGACUAUGAGGCUAGGACACUCCUGGAAGAGCCUUUCCGUCUAAAUAUAUUCACCCCCAUGGGUAAAUUAGAAUAUUGCAGCAGAAAAAUAGUGGGAUUAAGCAAAAGGAAAUGCGUACGAACACAAUUAGCAUUUACAUUAAGCAAUAAAAAGCGCGUGACAUAACGUGAGACAUUAUCUCUGUCUAAAUAUGUGCACAGGCAUUUCACUAUUAGCCUGUCAAUUUGUUGUUUGAACUAUAAACAGAACAGUGUUUAGGUUAAAGUUGUAUUUUAAAAUGAUGUAGACAUUUAGCUCCAUUUACCCCCAAUCCCUUCAGUUUCCGUUGGAUUAAUAUUGGGGCAUGUCCUGCUUUUAAAGGGUCUAUAAAGCGGUAAAAUAAAUGAUAUCAAUUUUGAUUGCAGGCAACAUUGACCUGUGAGUGAGUGUGAAGUCUCAUGGUGAGACAGAUUGACACCGAUGUCAUCGUGCUGAUGGACGAUGCAACUCUGGCAAACUACAUCCCCUCCUAUGGAGACCGAAUUGCCCUCUUCAGUUUCUGCAAAAGUAAAAAGCCUUUCUCAAAACGAAAAGAAGGACUCUUACAAAAACUCCGUGACAAAAUGAAACUCAGAAAGGUGAGCAGUGAUGAAAACAGUUCACAAGGAGAGUCAACAACAACACAAACAAAGAAGCUAAAAACAACACGAAAUGUAGAGAUAGGAUGGAUUCACAGUGACGGUAAUAUAGCCAAACAGGUUCGGGCAAAACAGGGAGGUGGCACCAGAAAGAUUAAAAUGGCAGUUGAUGCUGGAUUAAAAGACAUCCUUCAAGAAGGAAAGAAACUUUUCUUUCCUGAUGGAAUAUCUCCUAAAGGAUCAGAAUCAGAUUUUGAGUUUGAGGUGUGGGACUUCAAACAGAACUGCCUUACUGAUGACACUUGCCAUUCCAUUGGCACUAUGUACGAGACCGCAAGACUGACAAUGUUACGCUUUUAUAUUGCAACCAAGCCAAAAGAACUUGAAGAUGAUGCCAGCGACACAUCUGAAGUGAUCCUUGUCUCAGCACAGGGUGGCAGUGAAAUCACUACAGCAGAACUACAAGUGGGGGAUGUCAUGGGUGAUUUUGAUGGAGUCCAUCCUGCUUUUGAAAUGUCUGUUAAUUCUGAAAUUAAAAUUGGUCUCCUUUACAAUGUUGAAGAAGACAGACUGAUCUAUGCUGGUUUUCUUAUGCCUGCCAGUCCAGCUCAUCCCGAGAAUGCGAUACCAAUCACUGUACAUCAUACUAACACUUUACAUGACAUGAUUAAUGCUUUUUCUGAUGCAGAGAUUUUGAACAAAGCACUGAAUGUGAAACGCAUACUUCCAGAUAAUACAGAAGAAGCAGGCAUUGGAUCUGGGGUACUAAGAGAUGUUCUCAGCUGCUUCUGGCAUGAAUUCUAUGAGAGAUGUACACUUGGUACCACAGUUAAAGUACCCUUCAUUCGCCAUGAUUUUCAUGCUGAAACAUGGAAAGCAAUUGGGAGAAUCAUUGUGAAAGGUUACCAGGAUUGUCAAUAUUUGCCAAACAAACUUGCACUCCCCUUCCUUGAACAGGUGCUUUUCAACAGUGUGUACAGUGAUAUUAAAGCACAUUUUCUGCAUUUUGUGAACAGCCAAGAACGGGAGGUUUUGAUGCAAGCGAUGGAUGAUUUCUCCACAGUUGACUCUGAUGAUCUUGUGGAAGUUCUUGACAGCUAUGGCUGUAGAAAAAUGAUAACCGCCCAGACACUUCCUACAAUACUUGAUGAAAUUGCGCACAAAGAGCUAGUCCAAAAGCCGAUGUUCGUCAUUGACUGCUGGAGGGAGAUCACCCAUCGUCGUUUCUCCCUCAGUCCAGAGGCACUGAUCAAGCUAUUUUCUGACCUGCAACCAACCUCAAAAAAGAUCUGUCAGCUGUUGAAAUUUGCUGAUGAUUUGACUCCAAAACAAAAGGAAGUGGGAAUUCAUCUGAAAAGAUUCAUCAGAGAGCUAGAUGAAAUUAAACUUCAGAAAUUUCUGCGGUUUUGCACCGGAUCUGAUCUCAUAGUUACAGACAGCAUCUAUGUGGAAUUUAAAGAAAUGCCAGAGUUUGAAAGAAGACCAAUUGGGCACACGUGUGGGAAGAUUCUGCAAAUAGCUGAAAGCUAUGAUAACUUCCCAGAUUUCCGUUCAGAAUUUAAUGCAGUUCUUGAAAGCAAUGUCUGGAUAAUGGACAUUGUUUAGCUUCCCACAGU